AUGUCGUCUAAAGAUUUAGAUUCUACACAACUGCCAAUAGAAUGCUGUAGAUUAUGUUUGAAACACGGUUGUGGAUAUGUUGACUUAUCAGAAUAUACUGCAAGAAGAAUGAAGAACCAGAAUUUGCUACUAGAAAUCAGGACUUUGCAGAUAAAGAUUAAAUUUUGUCUGGACAUAGAGUUUUGUUUUAAGAUGUCUAGAGACUUGUGUAGAUUGUGUUUAAAUCAUGGCAGUGGUUAUAUGUAUUUGGGUGCACCAGAUUUGAAUGAUACACAAAAGACUUCUUUAUUGGAAUUGAAAACCAUAUUUUUGAAAUUAAAAUAUUGUGUGGAUGUACAGAUAUCACAAAAUGACCAUUUAUCAAAACAUAUUUGUUUGGACUGCGUCCGUAAUGUGGAUACUUUUUACACAUUCAAACGAAUGUGUAAAAACUCGGAGGAGCUGCAGAAAUCAGCUAUAUUAGAAAAUACAUUGGAAGAAGGGAAUGGUCAAGAAAAAAUUCCGGAAGUCACUACAAGUGCAGAACCACCUGCCUCAACACCGGCAAUUGCAGUUCCUGCCAAAAAUGAACAGCAACCAGUCGAGAAACCAAAUGUUUCGGGAAGUGAUUUGGUAAAGAAUAAUCAGGAGUCUGUGAUACCAGUAAAAGAAAAUAAAAGUGCAUUAAAAGAAACAAACACAAAUCCACCUCUAGAAGAAAGUACAACUGCAACACCAGAACCACGGAAAUUGUCCAAGGGCUAUGCGUGUGCAGAGUGUUCGAGGUCUUUUAAAAAUUUAAGGGCUUACAGAGUUCAUUAUCUAAUACAUGCAAAGAAAAAUGAAAGUACCACCACAGAACCUCCUAAAGACAGCACAGUUCCACCUGCAAUUCUUCCAGCUGAACCUGCGAGUGAACCUCUAAAAGAGGUAUUUGUUAAAGAUAGGCCAUCUAAAACAGUCCAAAAAGAAUCAAACCUAGAUAAAGAACAACCCCCGUUAACAAAAGCCCCUAUUAGAGCAGUGUCACCUAAAAAAGCGCCCGCGAGGAGUUCGUCUUCGGAAAACAAAGAGAAGUCCUUAAAAGAAUUGAUAUUCAAACCACCUGCGAAAAAUGAUAAAACAGAUUUAGUAAGUAAAGGGAGUUUGCCGGCCCCAAAAAAGGUUGAUGUUGCUCCAAAGACAUCCAUUAAACCUGGGAAGGAUUUGAGUGUGAAAGAGCAGAAAGAGGUGGCAAAGGAAGCAAGUUUUAAGGAUCCCCAGAAGGUGGCACAGAAAAAGGAAGUGGCGAAGAAGGUGGAACCAGUUAAAGUUCCAGCGCCGGUUGUCAAUGUGCCGCAACCAAAGCCGCCAGCACCAACAAAUGUGAUAGAAAUAAUUGAAAUUGAAGAUAGUGUUGCAGGUUCUCCACCCAGAAAUGUUAUCGAAGAUGAUUAUGAAUUCAAUGAAGAUCCUGAUGAGGAUCCACCAUUAAUCAUGCAGUGCGAAGUGAGAAUGGAACGUCUCGAUUCUCAACUGGCUAAAAUUUUUUUAGAUAAGAGAAAUAAAUAUGAAGGGCGGCAAGAAGAAAUAUGUUUGACUGAAGAUGAAGACGAACCUCAAGCUGUGUCUGCCAGUGAAGACACAGCUACAUCAACAUCUCAAGGGAAUCUGCCGGUAAUUAAGAUUGAGAAUGAUGUCCAAAGACCAAUUCCAACAGCAACACCUAUGGUUCAUAUUCAUUCACAUGCGUCAACCGCCAACUCAACAGCGCCUGCACCACCACAACGCCCCUGUCUGACGAAGCCCUCAAGCCCCAUUUCCGUGCCUCCUUCAACAUCUUUACAAUCAACUCUAUCGAGUCAACCUAUUUCUACCACAGCCACUAGUACAGUUUCUAAGAAAGCACCGAAUUUUAGAAUUAUAUACCCUAAAGUGAAUAAUAAUAACAAUGUCAAAGUUUCCCCUGCUAUAUCACAAAGUCCUCUAUGUCUUAAAGUUUUACCUGCGCCGUGUCCUGCUGUCACGACCUGCGGUGCCAGUAUUUAUUCAACUAUUCCAGUAAAUUCAUUGAAAAGUAGAAAUGAAUCACCAACUGUUUCUAUGAGUCAAGUUUCUGUUGGUCCCAAGGAUUCACCUGUGAUACCACCUCUUUCGAAUUCGAAUUUUUGUGAUCCUUUGGCCAACUUGCGCAACCACUAUAAGUCACUUUCGGUGACGAAUAGACGAAACGCAGUCACGGAUAAAGUUGUCUCAUCCGUAAUUCAGGGUAGUAGUGCAAGCAGUGGUGAUGAUGAUACUCCUUUGGUUAAAAAGAAGUGUUUGAAUGCAGAGAUAUCUCCUCCGGUAUUGACAGCCGAGGGAGCUCUAAAAAAGACGAACGAGAAGACGCCUUAUGGUAACUGGUUUACAAAUACAGCUACGGCGAGUGGGAGUAAAACCUCGAAAUCAGGCAAAACAACUAGUGACCGAGGUGAGAAACGACCAUUCACAGCCAUCAUAGACCCAGACAUCGAGGAAGAUGCUGAUGACCCAUGGGAAGAUCCCACAUAUUCACCAAGUGUGAAAAAAGCGAACAAUACCAAAAGUGAUUUAAAUCUAAGCCGUACUAGCAAAAGUAACAAAAAUACUCCAAACAGGGCUGCCAAUGCUCAAAGGACAAGACCUCAAGCCAAGACCCCAACUUCCAGGAAACUGUCUAGUAGUGACAGUUCGAGUGAUGAUGAGCCCCUUAAAUUAUAUAUUGCUGAGUCGCCCGAAAAAAGGGAAAAUAAACGAAAGUUGGACGCGGGGACGGUGAAGACUACAAUCGAUGCUGAUAAGAAAGCUACUUCUAAAGGCGGCGUUAGAGUUCAAGGCUCUAAUGAAACUGUGAAUAAUAAAGUUCCUGGAGGGCAGAAUGCUAGGGUGCAACAAAAAGCCGAUUCGAGCAGCGCUACAAGUUCAACACUCCGGGCCAAACAAGUUCCUGAUGAUAGCUUAUCACAAAAGAUGUGGUUGUACCAGAUAAGUAAACCAAAAGACGGAAAGAAUCGGAUUCCAAAGUUGUUAGUUGUUCCUGAUCCAGAACUAGUAGUGAAAGAACCACAAAAUAUACAGCCUCCACUGAUUCCCGAAGUAACUCCGCAAGAACAAUCUCUAUGCGACGAGAUACGUCCCAAGUUAAACAAGGACUCAGUGAGAUGGUUGUCUAGAAUACACAAUACAAUACUUCACAAUACUUGUCCAACCAAAACUUCCAUAGAGGCACCUGUAAUAAAUAUGCAAGUUGAGAAAAUUAUCACAAAUGUUACAAAUGUUACAAAUCAAAUCCUAGGAAACAAGGAAUUGAGAAUGUUUGAUAAUCUAGAAAACAUUAAUGGAAAAGGUUCCUUGUCCGACAGCAGUAGUAGUAGCAGUGGUAGCAAUAAACCUGCAAUUAGAGUAAAGACUCCUGGAGAACUCGCCAGUAUUCAUCUUGUGAAUGACAGUAACAGUUUAAGAGAAUACAACAAGAAACCUGAUGUGCAGGAAGUAAGGACAGCUAACAAUAUGCAAAUGAAGGUAGUGUCUUGUGGCAGCGUUUGUCUUAGGACAGAGGGUUAUGGUCAAGUUUAUAAUGUUGAAGUACAGGAUGCUCAUUAUGUACCACAAUUGUCAGCUAAUUUAUUAUCUGUUAGCGCUCUUACCAGAAAGGUUACAGAUCGUAAGAAUCCUAAGUCAGGAAAUAUAUGGCAUAGACAUAUUUUGUGUAAAGCGAGUAAAGGCUUAGUGAAAGGGCUCACCAUAUCCGAGAUGGCAACAUCAGACAUAAAUAAUUGUAUAGUUGGUUGCAAAGGAAAGCAAACUAGAUUGCCAUUCAAACACACAGGAUCAAAAUCAGUAAAAGUUCUGGAUUUCUUUAUUUAUGGAAAAUAUUGA